GAGGUGGAUAGCAAGAUGGCGUCGUCGGUCAUAUUUGUUGUUUUGGCGAUAGUAACAGCAGUUACCUGUUUACCAACACCUCAUGAAACGGAAACUCAAGUAGUAUGUAAAAGCAAUAAUGAACAGGGUCCCGUCAUUUACUACGACUAUCUACCAGAAAAUAGAAGACCGAAAGUAAUAUUUCUGAUCUCAGCUGAAGAUCUGAAGAAGCGCAGUUUAUAUAAAAACCCCAUAAUUCAAUAUUUAAGCAAUAAAUCGUAUAGCAGCAGCAAUUUGGAAUCGAGCAGCAGUUCAGGCACGACUAAUGGCGGUUCCUUCACGCAGACUAACAGUGGCGGCAGCACAGACAGCUCGUCAAGCAGCAAUAACGGAGGAGCUCAGUCUCAGACAAGCACUAACGUAGGGUCUGGCAGCAACUCUGGCACGAGUUAUGAUGGUUCCUACACCCAGUCUAAUAGUGGCGGCAGCACAGACAGCUCGUCAAGCAGCAACAACGGAGGAUCUCAGUCUCAGACAAGCACUAACGUAGGGUCUGGCAGCAACUCUGGCACGAGUUAUGAUGGUUCCUACACCCAGUCUAAUAGUGGCGGUAGCACAGACAGCUCGUCAAGCAGCAACACCGGAGGAGCUCAGUCUCAGACAAGCACUAACGUAGGGUCUGGCAGCAACUCUGGCACGAGUUAUGAUGGUUCCUACACCCAGUCUAAUAGUGGCGGUAGCACAGACAGCUCGUCAAGCAGCAACAACGGAGGAUCUCAGUCUCAGACAAGCACUAACGUAGGGUCUGGCAGCAACUCUGGCACGAGUUAUGAUGGUUCCUACACCCAGUCUAAUAGUGGCGGUAGCACAGACAGCUCGUCAAGCAGCAACAACGGAGGAUCUCAGUCUCAGACAAGCACUAACGUAGGGUCUGGCAGCAACUCUGGCACGAGUUAUGAUGGUUCCUACACCCAGUCUAAUAGUGGCGGUAGCACAGACAGCUCGUCAAGCAGCAACAACGGAGGAGCUCACACAGACAGCUCGUCAAGCAGCAACAACGGAGGAGCUCAGUCUCAGACAAGCACUAACGUAGGGUCUGGCAGCAACUCUGGCACGAGUUAUGAUGGUUCCUACACCCAGUCUAAUAGUGGCGGUAGCACAGACAGCUCGUCAAGCAGCAACAACGGAGGAGCUCAGUCUCAGACAAGCACUAACGUAGGGUCUGGCAGCAACUCUGGCACGAGUUAUGAUGGUUCCUACACCCAGUCUAAUAGUGGCGGCAGCACAGACAGCUCGUCAAGCAGCAACAACGGAGGAGCUCAGUCUCAGACAAGCACUAACGUAGGGUCUGGCAGUAGCUCUGGCACGAAUAAUGGUGGUUCCUUCAGCCAGUCUAAUAGUGGCGGCAGCACAGACAGCUCGUCAAGCAGCAACAACGGAGGAGCUCAGUCUCAGACAAGCACUAACGUAGGGUCUGGCAGCAACUCUGGCACGAGUUAUGAUGGUUCCUACACCCAGUCUAAUAGUGGCGGUAGCACAGACAGCUCGUCGAGCAGCAACAACGGAGGAGCUCAGUCUCAGACAAGCACUAACGUAGGGUCUGGCAGCAACUCUGGCACGAGUUAUGAUGGUUCCUACACCCAGUCUAAUAGUGGCGGCAGCACAGACAGCUCGUCAAGCAGCAACAACGGAGGUGCUCACACAGACAGCUCGUCAAGCAGCAACAACGGAGGAGCUCAGUCUCAGACAAGCACUAACGUAGGGUCUGGCAGCAACUCUGGCACGAGUUAUGAUGGUUCCUACACCCAGUCUAAUAGUGGCGGUAGCACAGACAGCUCGUCGAGCAGCAACAACGGAGGAGCUCAGUCUCAGACAAGCACUAACGUAGGGUCUGGCAGCAACUCUGGCACGAGUUAUGAUGGUUCCUACACCCAGUCUAAUAGUGGCGGUAGCACAGACAGCUCGUCGAGCAGCAACAACGGAGGAGCUCAGUCUCAGACAAGCACUAACGUAGGGUCUGGCAGCAACUCUGGCACGAGUUAUGAUAUUUCCUACACCCAGUCUAAUAGUGGCGGCAGCACAGACAGCUCGUCAAGCAGCAACAACGGAGGUGCUCAGUCUCAGACAAGCACUAACGUAGGGUCUGGCAGUAACUCUGGCACCAGUUAUGAUGGUUCCUACACCCAGUCUAAUAGUGGCGGUAGCACAGACAGCUCGUCAAGCAGCAACAACGGAGGAGCUCAGUCUCAGACAAGCACUAACGUAGGGUCUGGCAGCAACUCUGGCACGAGUUAUGAUGAUUCCUACACCCAGUCUAAUAGUGGCGGUAGCACAGACAGCUCGUCAAGCAGCAACAACGGAGGAGCUCAGUCUCAGACAAGCACUAACGUAGGGUCUGGCAGCAACUCUGGCACGAGUUAUGAUGGUUCCUACACCCAGUCUAAUAGUGGCGGUAGCACAGACAGCUCGUCAAGCAGCAACAACGGAGGAUCUCAGUCUCAGACAAGCACUAACGUAGGGUCUGGCAGCAACUCUGGCACGAGUUAUGAUGGUUCCUACACCCAGUCUAAUAGUGGCGGUAGCACAGACAGCUCGUCAAGCAGCAACAACGGAGGAGCUCACACAGACAGCUCGUCAAGCAGCAACAACGGAGGAGCUCAGUCUCAGACAAGCACUAACGUAGGGUCUGGCAGCAACUCUGGCACGAGUUAUGAUGGUUCCUACACCCAGUCUAAUAGUGGCGGUAGCACAGACAGCUCGUCAAGCAGCAACAACGGAGGAGCUCAGUCUCAGACAAGCACUAACGUAGGGUCUGGCAGUAACUCUGGCACCAGUUAUGAUGGUUCCUACACCCAGUCUAAUAGUGGCGGUAGCACAGACAGCUCGUCAAGCAGCAACAACGGAGGAGCUCAGUCUCAGACAAGCACUAACGUAGGGUCUGGCAGCAACUCUGGCACGAGUUAUGAUGAUUCCUACACCCAGUCUAAUAGUGGCGGUAGCACAGACAGCUCGUCAAGCAGCAACAACGGAGGAGCUCAGUCUCAGACAAGCACUAACGUAGGGUCUGGCAGCAACUCUGGCACGAGUUAUGAUGGUUCCUACACCCAGUCUAAUAGUGGCGGCAGCACAGACAGCUCGUCAAGCAGCAACAACGGAGGUGCUCACACAGACAGCUCGUCAAGCAGCAACAACGGAGGAGCUCAGUCUCAGACAAGCACUAACGUAGGGUCUGGCAGCAACUCUGGCACGAGUUAUGAUGAUUCCUACACCCAGUCUAAUAGUGGCGGUAGCACAGACAGCUCGUCAAGCAGCAACAACGGAGGAGCUCAGUCUCAGACAAGCACUAACGUAGGGUCUGGUAGUAGCUCUGGCACGAAUAAUGGUGGUUCCUUCAGCCAGUCUAAUAGUGGCGGCAGCACAGACAGCUCGUCAAGCAGCAACAACGGAGGAUCUCAGUCUCAGACAAGCACUAACGUAGGGUCUGGCAGUAGCUCUGGCACGAGUAAUGGUGAUUCCUUCAGCCAGUCUAAUAGUGGAGGCAGCACAGACAGCUCGUCAAGCAGCAACAACGGAGGAUCUCAGUCUCAGACAAGCACUAACGUAGGGUCUGGCAGUAACUCUGGCACGAGUUAUGAUGGUUCCUACACCCAGUCUAAUAGUGGCGGCAGCACAGACAGCUCGUCAAGCAGCAACAACGGAGGAGCUCAGUCUCAGACAAGCACUAACGUAGGGUCUGGCAGUAGCUCUGGCACGAAUAAUGGUGGUUCCUUCAGCCAGUCUAAUAGUGGCGGCAGCACAGACAGCUCGUCAAGCAGCAACAACGGAGGAGCUCAGUCUCAGACAAGCACUAACGUAGGGUCUGGCAGCAACUCUGGCACGAGUUAUGAUGGUUCCUACACCCAGUCUAAUAGUGGCGGUAGCACAGACAGCUCGUCGAGCAGCAACAACGGAGGAGCUCAGUCUCAGACAAGCACUAACGUAGGGUCUGGCAGCAACUCUGGCACGAGUUAUGAUGGUUCCUACACCCAGUCUAAUAGUGGCGGCAGCACAGACAGCUCGUCAAGCAGCAACAACGGAGGUGCUCACACAGACAGCUCGUCAAGCAGCAACAACGGAGGAGCUCAGUCUCAGACAAGCACUAACGUAGGUUCUGGCAGCAACUCUGGCACCAGUUAUGAUGGUUCAUUCACCCAGUCUAAUAGUGGCGGCAGCACAGACAGCUCGUCAAGCAGCAACAACGGAGGAGCUCAGUCUCAGACAAGCACUAACGUAGGGUCUGGCAGUAGUUCUGGCACGAGUUAUGAUGGUUCCUACACCCAGUCUAAUAGUGGCGGUAGCACAGACAGCUCGUCAAGCAGCAACAACGGAGGAGCGCAGUCUCAGACAAGCACUAACGUAGGGUCUGGCAGUAGCUCUGGCACGAAUAAUGGUGAUUCCUUCAGCCAGUCUAAUAGUGGCGGCAGCACAGACAGCUCGUCAAGCAGCAACAACGGAGGAGCUCAGUCUCAGACAAGCACUAACGUAAGGUCUGGCAGUAGUUCUGGCACGAGUUAUGAUGGUUCCUACACCCAGUCUAAUAGUGGCGGGUCUGGCAGUAGCUCUGGCACGAGUUAUGAUGGUUCCUACACCCAGUCUAAUAGUGGCGGUAGCACAUACAGCUCGUCAAGCAACAACAACGGAGGAGCUCAGUCUCAGACAAGCACUAACGUAGGGUCUGGCAGCAACUCUGGCACGAGUUAUGAUGGUUCCUACACCCAGUCUAAUAGUGGCGGUAGCACAGACAGCUCGUCAAGCAGCAACAACGGAGGAGCUCAAUCUCAGACAAGCACUAACGUAGGGUCUGGCAGUAGCUCUGGCACCAGUUAUGAUGGUUCAUACACCCAGUCUAAUAGUGGCGGUAGCACAGACAGCUCGUCAAGCAGCAACAACGGAGGAUCUCAGUCUCAGACAAGCACUAACGUAGGGUCUGGCAGUAGCUCUGGCACGAAUAAUGGUGGUUCCUUCAGCCAGUCUAAUAGUGGCGGCAGCACAGACAGCUCGUCAAGCAGCAACAACGGAGGAGCUCAGUCUCAGACAAGCACUAACGUAGGGUCUGGCAGCAACUCUGGCACGAGUUAUGAUGGUUCCUACACCCAGUCUAAUAGUGGCGGCAGCACAGACAGCUCGUCAAGCAGCAACAACGGAGGAGCUCAGUCUCAGACAAGCACUAACGUAGGGUCUGGCAGCAACUCUGGCACGAGUUAUGAUGGUUCCUACACCCAGUCUAAUAGUGGCGGUAGCACAGACAGCUCGUCAAGCAGCAACACCGGAGGAGCUCAGUCUCAGACAAGCACUAACGUAGGGUCUGGCAGCAACUCUGGCACGAGUUAUGAUGGUUCCUACACCCAGUCUAAUAGUGGCGGUAGCACAGACAGCUCGUCAAGCAGCAACAACGGAGGAGCUCAGUCUCAGACAAGCACUAACGUAGGGUCUGGCAGCAACUCUGGCACCAGUUAUGAUGGUUCCUACACCCAGUCUAAUAGUGGCGGCAGCACAGACAGCUCGUCAAGCAGCAACAACGGAGGAGCUCAGUCUCAGACAAGCACUAACGUAGGGUCUGGCAGUAGCUCUGGCACGAAUAAUGGUGGUUCCUUCAGCCAGUCUAAUAGUGGCGGCAGCACAGACAGCUCGUCAAGCAGCAACAACGGAGGAGCUCAGUCUCAGACAAGCACUAACGUAGGGUCUGGCAGUAGCUCUGGCACCAGUUAUGAUGGUUCCUACACCCAGUCUAAUAGUGGCGGUAGCACAGACAGCUCGUCAAGCAGCAACAACGGAGGAGCUCAGUCUCAGACAAGCACUAACGUAGGGUCUGGCAGUAGCUCUGGCACCAGUUAUGAUGGUUCCUACACCCAGUCUAAUAGUGGCGGUAGCACAGACAGCUCGUCAAGCAGCAACAACGGAGGAGCUCAGUCUCAGACAAGCACUAACGUAGGGUCUGGCAGUAGCUCUGGCACCAGUUAUGAUGGUUCCUACACCCAGUCUAAUAGUGGCGGAAGCACAGACAGCUCGUCAAGCAGCAACACCGGAGGAGCUCAGUCUCAGACAAGCACUAACGUAGGGUCUGGCAGUAGCUCUGGCACCAGUUAUGAUGGUUCCUACACCCAGUCUAAUAGUGGCGGUAGCACAGACAGCUCGUCAAGCAGCAACAACGGAGGAGCUCAGUCUCAGACAAGCACUAACGUAGGGUCUGGCAGUAGCUCUGACAGCUCGUCAAGCAGCAACAACGGAGGAGCUCAGUCUCAGACAAGCACAAACGUAGGGUCUGGCAGCAACUCUGGCACGAAUAAUGGUGGUUCCUUCAGCCAGUCUAAUAGUGGCGGCAGCACAGACAGCUCGUCAAGCAGCAACAACGGAGGAGCUCAGUCUCAGACAAGCACUAACGUAGGGUCUGGCAGUAGCUCUGGCACGAAUAAUGGUGGUUCCUUCAGCCAGUCUAAUAGUGGCGGCAGCACAGACAGCUCGUCAAGCAGCAACAACGGAGGAGCUCACACAGACAGCUCGUCAAGCAGCAACAACGGAGGAGCUCGGUCUCAGACAAGCACUAACGUAGGGUCUGGCAGUAGCUCUGGCACGAAUAAUGGUGGUUCCUUCAGCCAGUCUAAUAGUGGCGGCAGCACAGACAGCUCGUCAAGCAGCAACAACGGAGGAGCUCAUGGCGGUAGCACAGACAGCUCGUCAAGCAGCAACACCGGAGGAGCUCAGUCUCAGACAAGCACUAACGGAGGGUCUGGCAGUAGCUCUGGCACGAAUAAUGGUGGUUCCUUCAGCCAGUCUAAUAGUGGCGGCAGCACAGACAGCUCGUCAAGCAGCAACAACGGAGGAGCUCAGUCUCAGACAAGCACUAACGUAGGGUCUGGCAGUAGCUCUGGCACGAAUAAUGGUGGUUCCUUCAGCCAGUCUAAUAGUGGCGGCAGCACAGACAGCUCGUCAAGCAGCAACAACGGAGGAGCUCACACAGACAGCUCGUCAAGCAGCAACACCGGAGGAGCUCAGUCUCAGACAAGCACUAACGUAGGGUCUGGUAGUAGCUCUGGCACGAGUUAUGAUGGUUCCUACACCCAGUCUAAUAGUGGCGGCAGCACAGACAGCUCGUCAAGCAGCAACAACGGAGGAUCUCAGUCUCAGACAAGCACUAACGUAGGGUCUGGCAGCAACUCUGGCACGAGUUAUGAUGGUUCCUACACCCAGUCUAAUAGUGGCGGCAGCACAGACAGUUCGUCAAGCAGCAACAACGGAGGAGCUCAGUCUCAGACAAGCACUAACGUAGGCACAGACAGCUCGUCAAGCAGCAACACCGGAGGAGCUCAGUCUCAGACAAGCACUAACGUAGGGUCUGGCAGUAGCUCUGGCUCCAGUUAUGAUGGUUCCUUCACCCAGUCUAAUAGUGGCGGCAGCACAGACAGCUCGUCAAGCAGCAACAACGGAGGAGCUCGGUCUCAGACAAGCACUAACGUAGGGUCUGGCAGUAGCUCUGGCACGAAUAAUGGUGAUUCCUUCAGCCAGUCUAAUAGUGGCGGUAGCACAGACAGCUCGUCAAGCAGCAACAACGGAGGAGCUCAGUCUCAGACAAGCACUAACGUAGGGUCUGGCAGCAACUCUGGCUCCAGUUAUGAUGGUUCCUUCACCCAGUCUAAUAGUGGCGGCAGCACAGACAGCUCGUCAAGCAGCAACAACGGAGGAUCUCAGUCUCAGACAAGCACUAACGUAGGGUCUGGCAGUAGCUCUGGCACGAAUAAUGGUGGUUCCUACACCCAGUCUAAUAGUGGCGGCAGCACAGACAGCUCGUCAAGCAGCAACAACGGAGGAUCUCAGUCUCAGACAAGCACUAACGUAGGGUCUGGCAGUAGCUCUGGCACCAGUUAUGAUGGUUCCUUCACCCAGUCGAAUAGUUACGGCAGCACAGACAGCUCGUCAAGCAGCUAUAACGAAGGAGCUCAGUCUCAGACAAGCACUAACGUAGGGUCUGGCAGUAGCUCUGGUACGAAUUAUGAUGGUUCCUUCAGCCAGUCGAAUAGUUACGGCAGCACAGACAGCUCGUCAAGCAGCUAUAACGAAGGAGCUCAGUCUCAGACAAGCACUAACGUAGGGUCUGGCAGUAGCUCUGGUACGAAUUAUGAUGGUUCCUUCAGCCAGUCCAAUAGUGGCGGCAGCACAUACAGCUCGUCAAGCAGCUAUAACAGAGGAUCUCAGUCUCAGACAAGCACUAACGUAGGGUCUAGCAGUAGCUCUGGUACGAAUUAUGAUGGUUCCUUCAGCCAGUCCAAUAGUGGCGGCAGCACAGACAGCUCGUCAAGCAGCUAUAUCGGAGGAGUUCAGUCUCAGACAAGCACUAACGUAGGGUCUGGCGGUAGCUCGUUUACUACAAAAGGAGUUGACUAUACGAAGAGACACGGUGUUGGACUGGUUCGACGUGGAAGAGUACCUCAUUAUUACGUAGAUCGUUCUUACAAUAAGAAUUUUCAAUCUUCUAAGCAUACCGCAACGAGUUUGAAUACUGUGUAUGCGUCCAAAGUUUUAGAGAAAGCAAUCAAGAAUUUGAACGACGCCACAAAAACGGUUGUCUAUGAGAAUAAUUUUAAUCAAAAAGCUAGUACCAGUAAUGACGCGCGUGAAGUAACUUCAGAGAAUUUUUCGGAAAUUCGAGGAAACUUUGGCGUUAGGCAUUAG